AUGGUUUGGUGUAAUGUGUACGUGACGUGUGACGUUCUAGCAUGUUCGGCAAGCAUAAUGCACAUGACGUUCAUUUCUCUCGGAAGGUAUUUAGGUAUAAGGAAUCCAUUGAAAACGAGACACGCGACAACAAAAAAAUUAGUCGGAAUUAAAAUAGCAGCCGUUUGGUUGUUGUCAAUGGUCAUAUCGAGCAGCAUAACCGUUUUGGGUUUGCUUAAUCCGAGCAACAUAAUGCCUGAACCUGAUAUUUGCGUCAUCAACAAUCGAGCAUUUUUCGUUUUUGGAAGUUUGGCAGCUUUUUACAUACCCAUGGUCAUUAUGGUCGUCACUUACGUUCUCACCGUUCAAUUGCUAAGGAAAAAAGCGAGAUUCGUUGCCGCAAAUCCGGAUUCCGACUGUCAAUUUCGUAGAUUGGGGGGAAGAUUCAUAAAACAGCCCCCACCGAGAAUCGAUUAUUCAAAAUCUCAGGGCACAAACAGGCAAAAACGUCAGAGUCUCGCAUUGAACGCCGUACAAACGGAACAAAAAGCAAGCAAAGUACUCGGAGUCGUUUUUUUCACAUUCGUUCUAUGUUGGACUCCAUUUUUCAUAUUAAACAUAAUAUUUGCCGCAUGUCCCGAUUGUCACGUACCGAGUCACGUUGUCGACACGUGUUUGUGGCUCGGUUACGUCAGUUCAACUAUAAAUCCAAUAAUAUACACAAUUUUUAAUAAAACUUUUCGUGCCGCAUUUAUAAGAUUGUUAAAAUGUCGCUGUUACAAAACUUCCAGACCUUCCAGGUAA